AUGGCCGCCGCGGAGGCGCUGGCGGGUGUGGCGCUGGCGCUGGGCCUCUACGCCUUGCUCUAUUACAACUUCAUCAAAGGGGCCACGUGCAAGAACGAGACCAGCCUGCGGGGCAAGACGGUGCUGAUCACAGGUGAGAAUCGCCCCCGGAAGACGGGGGGCAGUGUGGUGCAGUGGUUAGAGCGUCCGAAGAGAGUCUGCGGAAGCUCCCGCUUCGAGGUUUCCUGCUUCGGGAUUCCAGGAAAAAAACUUCAGACGAGACUGAGCGCAUUUCCCCGGCUGCGAUCCUGCGCAGGCUGACUUAGAAGGCAGCUCCCUGGAGCGCCAAUGGGGCAUGUUUCUCAGCAAACCUAUUAUAGGGUUGCACCGGUGACCUUUCUCCAGGUGUGCCUGCACUCCAGCCCGCCCACCCCUCAUGUUUCCUCAGCAUUGGGAAUGCUGGGAAUUGUAGUCCAAGAGCAUCUGGCAGAGGGCUUCAGAGCUUUAUUCAGGUGGUGUGUGACAUGUCUGAGGGUUUGUAGUGGAAGAUGAGAGACAGCACAUCCAUAGCAUUCAAUAUUGGUAUGUAUUGUAUUGCAUUCUGAGUUCUCUUAAGAAGAGCCUUAGUCCAGCUGGAUCAGACCAGGGACCCACUUAGUCCAGCAAGCAGAUCCCUGAGCACAACCACCACUCUGCCCUCCUGCUGUUUCCAGCAACAGACAUUCAGAAGCAUGUACUGCCUCUGACCACAAACUCUCUGGAAAUCAAAUUAUAAUGCAACAAAAUGCAACCUGUAAAAAUAAAGGAUAUAGUGAAAAUGCGGUUAAAACCAUACAGCAUCUAGCACAGCUCAUUACUAUUGCCAGAAAAAUUGUUCUGCGGUCCGCCAAGACCCCCAGCAAAUAAUAUUUUCCCCUUGAACUUUUCCAGGUGGAAACACUGGGAUUGGAAAGGCAACGGCUCUGGAUCUGGCCCGGAGGGGAGCCCGCAUCAUCCUGGCUUGCCGUGACAGAAGGCGAGGAGAAUCUGCCGUCUAUGAUAUCAGGAGGGUGAGCCACCCGCUUCCUUCGAAAGGGCAGCCUUUAUGAUCCAUUUUAAAAUCACUUCUCAAAGCAAUUCCACUGUAAAAACGUGGCCUAAUAUAUUCACUUCAUAAAAUUUAUACCCCAUUUGAUUGUUAAAAAAAACCCACACCCUCAAAGUGGUUUACAAAGAAAACUAAAUCAAUAAAAUUAUUAGCAAGAAAAAUGUAACAAUGUAAAACUUUAAAAUAUAAAUAAAUCAGAGUAGACUGGGGGAACUCACAUCAACUCUCCUAACCUCCAGGUAGGCUUGUCUACACAAUAGUGUUUUUAGCAGGCACUGAAAAGAGUACAGUGAAGGCACCUGCCUGAUACCAGUCGGCAGGGAGUUCCAGUGAAUUCUGAACAGCUGACCUUUCCUUCCUUGGCAGGAGGGAGGUCUAGCUUUCUAGAAGAAUUCACCAAGCUGACACUCUCCAGAUGUUUUGGACCUAGUCUCCCAUCAGCCUCAGCAUCACACAGCUGUCUGGGGCUGAUGGGAGUUGUAGUCCAGUGGAUCUGGAAGGCACCAGGUUAGAAAAGUCUACCCUAGUGGUAUUAUAACAUUGGGGCAGGUGCACGGAGGAUGUUUUCCCACCAUGCACCAUUCUCGCUUGUUUUUUCUGGGAUGGGGGUGGUGGUGAACAAGCUCCAUUGAUCUGCUACUCUAAUCCACUGAUUUAUGUAUUUUGCAUUUGUUUUAGGAAUGUAGUUUUAUUGCUUAUUCUUUAUGCUGUUCCCCACCAUAUCCCCCCCCAUUAAUGUUUGCAGGAAAGUGGGAACAAUGAAGUUCUCUUUAUGAGCCUCGACUUGGCCAGCUUCAAGUCAGUGAGGGCUUUUGCAGCGUCUUUCUUGAAAUCUGAGCCCCGCCUUGACAUUCUCAUCAACAAUGCAGGUGAGAUUUGGGGAAGGGGCACAGCUGCUUUGCAUGCAGAAGGUCCAAGGUUUUCAGUCCCCAGUGGCAUCCCCAGGUAGGACUGGGAAUGUCCCCUGCCUGAAACUCUGGAGGCUGAGAGGAAGUGGGCUGGGCUUUGUUGGUGCCAGCAGUAGCAGCAUUAGCGCUUGAGCAGCUGCCAUUGUAAGCAGGCUCAAUUUGGGCUUUGUUGCUGCCAGCCCCUCUCCAGAGCCCUUUCACGCACUGCUCAUCGUCCCACCAUCGCCAGCCCCUGCCACUCGCAAGACACAGGUAUGCAGCCACCGGGCUCAUCCGCUGCUGUGGAGAAGGGAGAGUCAUGGGGGGCGUGGCUUACCCAAGUAGAAUGCGUCCUUUUAUUUAAAAUGCAUCUCUGGGUUAUUUGUGGGGCCUGCCUGGAGCUCUUGCAUAGAAUGCUGUGUCCUUUUAUCUAAAAUGAAUCUCUAUGUUUUUCAAAAUAUAGUCUGGCCCCUCAAAGGUCUGAGGGACAAUGGACCAGCCCCCUGCUGAAAAGGUUUGCUGGCCCCUGGGAUAGAACAAUAAACUUAUAUGGACUAUGCUUGCCUAAACAGGUGUGUCUUCAAGAGACAGCAGAAUGCCAGUAGUGAUGGGGGCCUCUCAUAUUUCAACAGGGCUGGUGCCACCAGUGAAAAGGCCUGCCUCCACGUUGCACCUGUUUAAUCCAGCUUCGUGUUCCGGCAGGUGUCGGGUCUGGAAGCCGAAGCAGCGACGGCUUCAAUUUGGUGUUCCAGGUGAAUCACCUGAGUCAUUUCCUUCUGACCCACCUCCUCCUGGAGCGGAUGAAGCAGUGUGCGCCCAGCCGUGUGGUGGUGGUGGCUUCCAAAGCACAUCAAACGGGGAAGAUUGACUUUCAGAACAUCCACAAGCCAGUGGGUGGGCACUUGGCAGGGUUCCAAUCGUACUGCAACAGCAAACUGGCCAAUAUAUUGUACACCCGGGAGCUUGCCAAUCGACUGGAAGGGACGAAUGUUACCUGCUACGCUGUCCAUCCAGGUAGGUGGCAGGUUCAGUUCAGCUCCUGAACCUGGGACCCUCUAUAGUGGUGGCUGGUGCCCUUGGGGGACUGGAGGGGCAGAAAGCAGGGAGCCCAACAAUAGACAGAGCCAGAACCAGUGAAGGGCAGAGACAGAGUCAAUUGCAGGUUCUGUCCCCAUCCUCAUCCUUAUCCCUGCAGAGAUUUACAAGGGUCAACACUGAGACUAUGGAAGAGAAGGAAGCUGAGGGGCAGGACCACCCUCUGGGCUGGUUGUAAGUAGGAAGGGUGGCAGAUGGGGACUGUCUGAUUAGCAGACUGAGGUUGCCCUAAUGGACCAGCUUCCAUUGGUCCUCUAGAUGUUAUUAGACUCCAGCUCCCAUUUUCCCUGACUGUUGACUGUUCUGUUCUGCAAAAAGGGGCAUCUGGUUGGCCACAGUGGAAAAGUGGAUACUAAAUUAGAUGGACCCCCUUUGAAGUCUGGUCCAUCAGCUGGGCUCUCUUCUUAUUCUAUCCAGUUCUGGCAACUGAUGUUUUCCUAUCUUUCUGCUUUCAGGGCUUGUUAAAUCAGAUUUUUUCCGUCACAUUUCGGUUUGGCUGAAGCCUCUUUUCCUCCCCAUCUGCUGGCUCUUCUUCCGAGACACGACCAAUGGAGCUCAGACGUCCAUCUACUGUGCCACUGAGGAAGGCAUUGAGAAAUACAGCGGGCGCUAUUUUGCCAAUUGCAGGCUGCAUGACCCCAAGCCACAUGCCCGGGACGACGCCGUGGCCAAGAAACUUUGGGAAGUCAGCGAGAGGAUGGCGGGGCUGGUGAACUAG